AGUCAUCUGACCCUCCUCCUGUCCCUACCCAGCAUGGCUAGACGGAGGUUAGACUGCUUUCUUCUAGGCCAGGUGCUUUCUGGCCUGAUUCUGGCAUCUAUAGGACUAUCCUUCGUCCAAAACAACGAGUGCCCCCAGCUAUGUGUGUGUGAGAUCCGACCCUGGUUUACUCCCCAGUCCACCUACAGAGAAGCCAUCACUGUGGACUGCAAUGACCUUCGCUUAACACGCAUCCCAGGGAACCUUUCCAGUGACACUCAGGUUCUCCUCCUACAGAGCAACUACAUUGCCAAGACCAGUGAGGAGCUGGAGCAGCUCUUCAACCUGACUGAGCUGGACUUGUCCCAAAACAACUUCAGUAGCAUUCGGGAUAUUGGCCUUACCAACAUGUCCCAGCUCACCACGCUUCAUCUGGAGGAGAACCAGAUCACAGAAAUGCCAGAUUACUGUCUGCAGGACCUCAGCAACCUGCAGGAGCUCUACAUCAACCACAAUCAGAUCAACACCAUUUCUGCCAAUGCCUUCUCUGGGCUCCACAACCUGCUAAGGCUUCACCUCAACUCCAACAGGCUCAAGACCAUCAACAGCCAGUGGUUUGAAUCUACGCCCAAUUUAGAGAUCCUCAUGAUUGGGGAGAACCCCGUUGUCGGAAUAAUGGACUUUAAUUUCAAGCCCCUGGGCAACCUGAGAAGUUUGGUUUUGGCUGGGAUGGAUUUGACAGACAUCCCCGGAAAUGCCUUUGUCGGACUUGACAAUCUUGAGAGCCUCUCCUUCUAUGACAAUAAGUUGGUUCGAGUUCCUCAGAGAGCUCUUCAGAAACUACCUAACCUGAAGUUUUUGGAUUUGAAUAAAAACCCAGUGCACAAGAUCCAGGAAGGUGAUUUCAAGAAUAUGCUGAGGCUGAAGGAGCUGGGUAUAAACAAUAUGGGAGAGUUGGUUUCUAUUGAUCGUUACGCUUUGGACAACCUUCCUGAGCUCACUAAGCUGGAGGCUACAAACAACCCCAAGUUCUCCUACAUCAACCGUCAGGCCUUUCGUGAUGUCCCAGCCUUGGAGAGUCUAAUGCUGAACAACAAUGCUCUGAACGCUCUCUAUCAAUCCACGGUGGAGUCCCUCCCCAACCUACGUGAGAUCAGCAUCCACAGCAACCCUCUUCGCUGUGACUGUGUCAUCCAGUGGAUGAACUCUAACAAGACCUCUGUCCGCUUUAUGGAACCUCUGUCCAUGUUGUGUGGCAUGCCAACAGAGUUCAGGGGUAUGCAUGUACGAGAGGUGCUGCAGAAGAACUUAGCAAACCAGUGCUUGCCCAUGAUUGCUCAUGACAGCUUCCCCAGUCAUCUCAAUUUGGACAUUGGCAUGACGGUGGACUUGGACUGCAGGGCCAUGUCCCAGCCUGAGCCUGAAAUCUACUGGGUGACGCCUAUGGGGAACAAGGUAAUGAUGGACACCCUGUCUGACAAGUACAGCCUCAGCAAUGAAGGGACAAUGAGAAUUUCUCAUAUCCAAGUAGAAGACUCAGGCAGAUACACCUGUGUGGCUCAAAACUCAGAGGGGGCUGACACAAGAGUGAUAGCUAUACGGGUAAAUGGCACUCUGUUAGACAGCACUCAGCUUAUGAAGAUCUAUGUCAAACAGACAGAAUCUCAUUCAAUCCUGGUUUCCUGGAAAAUAAACUCAAACAUAAUGACCUCUAACCUCAAGUGGUCAUCUGCCACCAUGAAAAUAGACAACCCCCAUAUUACUUACACUGCCAGGGUACCUGUGGACGUCCAUGAGUACAACCUUACACAUUUACAACCAGCAACUGAGUACGAAGUGUGCCUCACCGUCUCCAACAUCCAUCAACAAACACAGAAGUCGUGCGUGAAUGUGACAACGAAGCAAGCGACCUUUGCUGUGGAAAUAUCAGACCAAGGGACCAACACUGCUCUUGCAGCCGUCAUGGGAACAAUGUUUGCUAUCAUCAGCCUGGCCUCUCUGGGUGUGUACAUUGCUAAGAGGUGGAAAAGGAAAAACUAUCACCAUUCCCUGAAAAAGUACAUGCAGAAAACAUCGUCAAUACCGCUAAACGAGCUGUACCCUCCUCUUAUCAACUUGUGGGAGGCAGACAGUGAGAAGGAAAAGGAGGGUUCCUCCGAGACCAAACCUAGCCAGGUCGACACCACACGUAGCUAUUACAUGUGGUGAAAGCUACUAACUACUAUGUGGGAGAUACAGAGACAUGUUUCUUUCAGGAGCACAAAUAUACACAUUUGCUUCUUUAUGUAAAAGUGGACUGAGUCAUUUUUUCUUUCUUGUUUCCUUUUCGGUUUCUUCGGUUCUCUCAGGCUUGGUCUUUGAUGCGAACAACGAACCAACGUUUUCAGAUCUUUAGUUUAGCAUAUUGCCUUUUUACCUCUCGCUCAUUUUGACACACAAUAUGGCAGCUUUGUUUAGCUUCCUGGACUUAGUAGUCACUGUGCUUUAUUUUUAGUAUUUGUUUUGAUGAACACAGCAUGAGCAUUGUCACGGAUUCAGUAUGCGUGAGCAAAGGAAAAGCUGAAAUCCGACCUGUUUUUGACAUGUUUUCUCUGGCAGAACUGUUAGAGACUGCAAUCUUUCUUUCUCUUGUAAAACAGUUUCACUGUUGACUGUUGUGCACUGAAAUAUAUAUACUAAUUUGUCUAUCAACUGAAAUAUAAGCUGACAAAGUACGUUUAGACUUGAUAUACCAUCUAUUGAAUAAUGUUAGCAAUUGUAAUGUUGUAUCAGCUAUGAUUUAAUUUACUUUUUGUACAUUAAAACAGUAUGUUUGAUUUAGACUUUAAGUUUGCAGAGCAACUACUGUAAACCAGCAAUAGAAAUAUGAAUGUUAUAAACUAGGUCAAUAGAUGUAAGGCUUUUUAAAUUUCCUAAAUAUUUCUUUUCUUAUUUUGCUAGAAUAUGUCUACAAUCACUGGUUUUGUUGUGGUUUCCACACACAAACAUGUUGUUUA